AUGUCUCAUGUGUCAAGAAUCCAAUAUGAUAUCGUGGCUUCAAGCAGUCGUCAGAGGGUCUUUAAUUAUCAGGUUUUCUUACCACAUUAUGGGGACAAAAGGUUUCUUAGAGAUGCACUUGAACGAUAUAAACAACAUCUGAGAUUCAAACGACAACAUCCGAAUACAUUUCUGGUCCCGUGUUACGACUUUGACCUUAUGUGGCAUGCGCACCAAGUUCAUCCACUGGCCUACAGGACGGACACCAUGAAAAUCCUGGGAAGAGUGCUGAACCAUGAUGAUUCUGUAAACGAUCGUCGACCAGGUUCUAAACUUGUAACAUCUGCGAAAGCUACAAGAAAGAUAUGGAAGGCUUUUGGCAGGAAUUUUACGACGAAUGGAGCCACAUUUCGAGGGGAACCUCCUUUGAACAUUGCUGAAAAUCGUAACCCCAUCGAUUAUUCCUCAAUGGCAAAAUCAAGAUUUACAUCCUUAGUAGAUGUAAACGAAGUAGAGAUUCAAGGUCUUCCAAAGCCGAAGUUAUACCUAGUCCAAAUAAGUUUCCGUGGAAGCUUCGGUGCUAAUGGAAGACAGUUAAGCAAAGAAAUUAAGGGGCCAGUUGCCUAUUUUCACGAAAGUUCCGGAAAUCCUCUAACUGAAAGAUUUGAGUUUGAUACAAGCAGAAGUAAUUUUAUCCAGGUAGAGGGCCUUUUUCCUUCUUAAAGAUUUAUAGUCAAUUGAGCAAACAUCCGUCUCCCGAGUACCUAGUAAGAGUAUGUCCUUUUGAAUAUUUAUGAAUGAAUAAGACUUCGCUUGAAUAAAAGUGACAGUGUUUUUUUCCAGAUCGAACGACAUCCGGACAUCGAGAGCUCGUCAAGUUUUAGUGAUUCCGUAAACACAGACUAAGAUACAUUUCACGCACAACUACGGAAAAGACGUAGCACUAAAGUGGUAACCACCAUGUCAACCGUUUUUAGGCCAAGGUUUUCCUUUUGUUUUGCUAGCUACAUGAAUGAAAAUGGUUUUAAUCUAUGCAAUUAAAUUAAUUAAACGUGAGGCAUUAAUGGCUCAAUCAAUUCCAAGUAGGCCUUUGAUAGUUAACAGUUAACAAAUUUUCGUUUAACGAACUUUAUCACUCUCUACAGGUAGAGGCAAGCUUUUGCCGUCGAUGUCGAGCCUCGAUGUCUUGUUUGAAACGCCCUCCUGAUCACGUCAGAACAUCCUUUAACAUUCCUUGUAAUCUCGACGGCAUCCCGAAAGAAUUCGUCGAAACUGAUGUAAAGAAACAUGAAUUUUGGUUUAAUGAUCAAACCUCUAUUAGACUUACUGUCGUCACUCAUCCACCUUCACGUUUGCCUGGUAACUACUCUUUUACAGUAAAACCACCUAAAACCUUUCAGCCUCUCCGUGACCCUUCCAAGAUUUCAGAGUCUUUGACGCUAUUCAUCUCUCCAGCUUCAUUGGCUAGUUUACCAGAAGCCUCUUGUGAAACGUCAACGGGUCAGGUAUUUGACAGUCACAACCGAGAAGCGUUUACAUACCGAGUUAUGCACUCUGUGGCUUUACAGCUUUCUUCAGUUGAGGUGGUUAACAAUGACGGAAACGUUGUAAGUACAGCCCAUCUCAUCCAAAACCAGGUACUUCCAAGGCAAAAUCAAGUCAGCAACAAGGAGACAAAUUGCACUUUAAAUGAUGGAGAAAGGGCUUUCUUGAUAAGAGGGAGCAAGGAUUGGGGAAUAUGCAUUGGAAAAUGGGAGGGGUACGUCAGAGGUGUUCCUGGUGUGNAAUUAAGGGGCCAGUUGCCUAUUUUCACGAAAGUUCCGGAAAUCCUCUAACUGAAAGAUUUGAGUUUGAUACAAGCAGAAGUAAUUUUAUCCAGGUAGAGGGCCUUUUUCCUUCUUAAAGAUUUAUAGUCAAUUGAGCAAACAUCCGUCUCCCGAGUACCUAGUAAGAGUAUGUCCUUUUGAAUAUUUAUGAAUGAAUAAGACUUCGCUUGAAUAAAAGUGACAGUGUUUUUUUCCAGAUCGAACGACAUCCGGACAUCGAGAGCUCGUCAAGUUUUAGUGAUUCCGUAAACACAGACUAAGAUACAUUUCACGCACAACUACGGAAAAGACGUAGCACUAAAGUGGUAACCACCAUGUCAACCGUUUUUAGGCCAAGGUUUUCCUUUUGUUUUGCUAGCUACAUGAAUGAAAAUGGUUUUAAUCUAUGCAAUUAAAUUAAUUAAACGUGAGGCAUUAAUGGCUCAAUCAAUUCCAAGUAGGCCUUUGAUAGUUAACAGUUAACAAAUUUUCGUUUAACGAACUUUAUCACUCUCUACAGGUAGAGGCAAGCUUUUGCCGUCGAUGUCGAGCCUCGAUGUCUUGUUUGAAACGCCCUCCUGAUCACGUCAGAACAUCCUUUAACAUUCCUUGUAAUCUCGACGGCAUCCCGAAAGAAUUCGUCGAAACUGAUGUAAAGAAACAUGAAUUUUGGUUUAAUGAUCAAACCUCUAUUAGACUUACUGUCGUCACUCAUCCACCUUCACGUUUGCCUGGUAACUACUCUUUUACAGUAAAACCACCUAAAACCUUUCAGCCUCUCCGUGACCCUUCCAAGAUUUCAGAGUCUUUGACGCUAUUCCUCUCUCCAGCUUCAUUGGCUAGUUUACCAGAAGCCUCUUGUGAAACGUCAACGGGUCAGGUAUUUGACAGUCACAACCGAGAAGCGUUUACAUACCGAGUUAUGCACUCUGUGGCUUUACAGCUUUCUUCAGUUGAGGUGGUUAACAAUGACGGAAACGUUGUAAGUACAGCCCAUCUCAUCCAAAACCAGGUACUUCCAAGGCAAAAUCAAGUCAGCAACAAGGAGACAAAUUGCACUUUAAAUGAUGGAGAAAGGGCUUUCUUGAUAAGAGGGAGCAAGGAUUGGGGAAUAUGCAUUGGAAAAUGGGAGGGGUACGUCAGAGGUGUUCCUGGUGUGGCUCCAAAUGGACCAGGCACAAGGGGAACCCGUGGCAUACCCGGCAAUCCAGGUAAUCUCAGCAUCAAGUUCUUUCCUCUUUUUGAGACAAAUGAAUGGAGAGAGGUCCACAACCGGUACCAUCCGACGAUAUUUUCGAUUUCACUCCCUGGAGGCAAGUGGACAGUGGACCUUACAACGGGUGAGAUUUCAUUUCCAGAAAAAGUAGAUCAUGUACCAGAGUCGAUAGCGCUAGGCUUUGCAAUUGCCAUGCUUCACCUCCUUUGCCAGCCAUACCAACCAACAGCGAAACCGCACCAAACUAUCCCCCUGAAGUUAAGCAAACCACGUAGGAUAGACAAUGAAAACAUGAAGCUUGUUUUAGCUGCCGGGUACUAUGCUUUUACUAUCCGAGACGGCACGAGUGGCGAUUGUAGUGGGUGUGGUGGAUGCGGUGGGUGUGGUGGAUGCGGUGGCUGUAGUGCGUGCGGUAGCGGCGGUUGUGGAGGCGACGGAGGCGGCGACGGUGAUGGAGAUGGCGACGGUGACGACGAUUUUGGAUGCGGUGGUUGUUGUGGUUGUUAA